AUCACUUUAUGUGUGUUGUUAAAAUUAUAAAUGUCGAAGAAAGUGGAAGUUGGUGGUAUAUAAGCUGCAUAGGAUGCGCAGAAGAAGUUUCUAAAGAGGAAGGAAGAUACAAAUGCAUCUGUGGUUCCAAUAGUCCAGUGGCAGAAAAAAGGUACAAAAUUGUGGUUCUUGCUGGGGAUGAAACAGAAGCAUUGAAUUUCGUUCUUCUAGACAGGGCUGCUAGAAGAAUUGUUGGCCAAACAGCAACCAAGCUCAUUUCUGAUAAUCUGCAGACCGCUUCAGCUUCUGGAUACCCGGCAAAGAUUAAAGAAAUGAUCGGGAAGGAGUACACCUUUGAUAUUGAGGUCAAAGAGGAGAAUGUCGUAGCUAAGAGUAAGAUAUUCUAUGUUAAUGAUGCAUUUCAAGCUUCUAAUUCAUUUGGAGCAGACAAGUCAUCCGAUGUGAUGAGGGAAGGCUUGAGUACUUCCAGUUUUGCUGAGAGCAAGAUCGACCUAACCAAAACAGAAGACACUCCAACUUCUGAAAAAUCAGUCUACAAAAAAAUUAAGAUUGAAGGUUGAAAUGUGCUUGAUGGAAUUUUCUGUUGGGAUCUUAAAGAAGUAGAAUGGCUUGGAUGGAGAUUUCUCUUUUUUUCUAGAUGUAGUUUUAAAUAAAUGACUUUGCUGUUGAAGUCUAGGAUUUGCUCGGAUUGUUUGUGUGUUUUUCAAUUGGUUGUUUUAGUACUAUGUUUCAUGAAUUCCUUCCGUUUGCACUAUUUUAUAUAUA